UAGCUUCCACACUGCUAUACAAGAGUCCAUAUUUUAUUGAAUUCUAAUCAGUUGUUUUAACACUACUAAAACGCUGAAUCUUUAUAAAAUGCUUCUUCUGUACAUUAUUAAUCAAUUUGUCUCCAUUCCAGCUGUCUGCAGUGAAACCAUCAGCCGAACAAUGAUCCAUUAAAAACAAGGAUGAAUUCCACAACAGCUGUUUACCGCGAUACGGUACAAACAGCCAUCAUUAAAAAUGUGGUCACUGUGGUUCUCUGCAUUGCCAUUAACUAUGUCAACAGCAUCCUGGUAAACACAUUCAGAAAACAUCAGGUGUUUAACAUGAACCCUCGCUACAUCUUCUAUAUCCACCUAGUAAUCAACGAUAUCAUCUUGCUGAGUGCAUUCACUCUGCUUCAGGUCCUCAGUUACAUUGUGUUUACAUUGAAUGUCUCCUUAUGCAUAGUUCUGGUGAUGAUUUCACUUUAUGCAAGCGUGAACAACCCCCUGACCCUGGCAGUUAUGGCAGUGGAGUGUUACAUUGCCAUUUGCUUCCCUCUCCAUCACACCCAGAUCUGUACAGUCAAGAAAACCUAUGCUGUGAUCGGCCUAAUAUGGACGCUUAGUACGCUUUCAAUCCUACCAGAUAUAUUUGUUGCCGUAGCCACAGAACCUGUGGAAUUCUUUAAUUCCAGAGUUUUUUGCUUGAGGGAAAAUAUUUUCAGGGCCCCGUAUCUCACAGUAAAGAGAAAUGCACUCAAUGCAGUGUUUUUGGUCAUUGUGUGGCUGACACUUUUCUAUACAUACUUCAGGAUACUUUUUACAGCUAAGGCGGCUGCUGCAGAUGCCAAGAAGGCAAGAAACACUGUCCUCCUCCACGGCUUCCAGCUAAUGUUGUGCAUGCUCUCUUAUGUUUUUCAUCUCGUUAUAGAAGGUCUUACAUUCUUCUUUCCAAAUAAUGCGGUAACCAUUCGCUUCACUAUUGCAAUAUUGAUUCAGAUCCUGCCUCGACUCAUCAGUCCAGUCAUUUAUGGGUUACGAGACAAAAUAUUCAGGAAGUACCUGAAACAAUAUUUGUUUUUUACAACAAAAACUAAAAUUCAUACAGAAAAACAGCAAACUGAGAAAUAAUGACAGUAACUGGAUUCCACAUGUAGUUCAAUUACAACUGUGUCUGGUGCAGUGGUGGGGGGGUGCCCAGUAGUUGGGAGUGACCGCCUGCCUAAGGGACUCUUGAGUGAGAGAAUGGGUAAGUGUGACAGAGGGGUGAGGGCGGUUCUGGC